CUUCCUUGUAGUCCGCACAAUCAAAACAUCAUUCGUGCGCAAUGGGUGAAUCUGCAUAUUCCAAAGGACGUUUUGCAGUCUAAUAUUUGGCACACCGUCUCGGUAAAGAUCCUCGAAAAGCAUUUGUGCGCUAUGCUCCAGCUGAACGACACGGUGGAGCCGGAGAGUCCGGGAGCUGCGGUUCUCCACCCUGCAGAAACCGAGGAGGGGGUCGAGGUUGCCUUCACGCCGCCGGAGGCCGGAGGAAGCCUCGGAUACGGCGCCUCCGUGGCCUGCUGCUCCCCGUUACAAACCCUGACGCCCUUCCACGUCCAUAACCCCACGAUGCAGGCCAAAGUGAAGGACUAUUUCGUCUUCAGGCCAGGUACCAUUGAGCAGGCCGUGAGCGACAUCAGGACAGUGGCCUUGCCUUCAGAGGAUGGAGAGGUGCUCAGCGUCUGGCUGCUAGCUGAAGUUGACCACUGGAACAACGAAAAGGAGAGACUUGUGCUCAUAACUGAUAGGUCCCUGCUGGUGUGCAAGUAUGACUUCAUCAACCUGUUGUGUCAGCAGGUGGUCAGGAUCUCUCUCAACGCUGUAGACACCAUCUCAGUAGGCGAGUUUGAGUUCCCACCCAAAUCCCUGAACAAGAGGGAAGGCUACGGGAUUCGAGUCCAGUGGGACAAACGUCCCCGGGCGUCGUUCUUCAACCGCUGGAACCCCUGGUCCACAGAUAUGCCCUACGCCACCUUCACCGAGCACCCCAUGGCCCGCGCUGACGAGAAGGUGGCCUCUCUCUGCCAGUUGGAAAACUUCCGGACCCAGCUGGUGCAGGCAGUGAAGAAGGCCCACAAGGAGCACCCCAUCCCCGGGCGGGCUAACGGCGUCCUGAUCCUGGAGAGACCCCUGCUCAUCGAGACCUACCUGGGCAUCAUGUCCUUCAUCAAUAACGAGGCCAAGCUGGGCUACUCCAUGACCCGUGGCAAGAUCGGCUUCUAAAAUCUGCAGCUCCUCCAAAUUACACCAGAGCUUCACCCAAUGUGUGUGUGUGUAUGUGUGUGUUACACUGCGCUCUUCGAGGGAAGCGGUCUGUGCUACAGUGUAACGCGCAGUCAGUCUGUGUGUGUGAAUUCGAGCUCAUCGGAUGUCCGCACCUCCCUAAGUUGGUGUCCCAUUCAACCGGCCAGGUACAUGUCGUGCAGCGCUGCAUGGACUGUCCACUCAUAUUUGUUUUUACCCUCUCCUGCCCUCCUACAUAAAAAGCUGUUCAUAAAUCCGCCAUAUUUGCGUGGGCUCUCAGGUGUGUAUGCCGUUGUGAAUCACGUGGGUGAGUAAAGAUAAUAUGCGUGGUGGGGAACACUGUUAAAAAUUUCCGUGUGUACAGCGCAUGCGUCAGUUCAUCCCCUCCCUGUGCUUAAUCUAGACUGAGCUUCUUGUUGUCUCAUGCUGCUGCGGUGACCACUGAGUCAGCCGUCCAAACUAACAUGACCUUUUCAUUUUGUUAGAGGGAUGCUAACAUGAGGGUCAUUAUUUCAGGUUGUAGAAUGCGCUUUAUUCUAGCUUCUUUUCACAGAAGAAAGGGGACACCCAGAGGCAGAGGAGGUGCUGUCACAGAGUGGCGUCGGCCUGCUGUGUAAUACACUAACAUGGUUUGAAAUUUGAAAAUGAUUGCGUCACUCAUACCCAGGUGCCAUAGCGUAGCCUCUUGGGAUAGAAUAGUGGCUGAUGAUGUUAAGUUCAGUGGUCAGGUUCCAUGAUCAUCACAAUUAACUUCAAAAAUAAAACCCACUUCAAGUGAAGCCGUGAUCCUUCUGAGAAGCUCUGUUACUGUCGGCCCAGAUGUGCUGCCUCAGUAACAGCUGGCACGCACCUUGAGUGUCUGUGAAACUUUUUCUGUGGAAAUGAGCCUCAUGAUGUGUUACUAUAAGAUACACGUUGUGACCGUCUCCUCCGAGGCGACGUUGUGCACUCCACGCUUGCUUUUUUGUGCCAUUUGCCUAAACCAUGUCAUUGCUGAAGAGACCAAGGGGGCAACCACAUAACGGAGUUGAAUUAGCUACAAUAGCUAAAAUGUUCUCGGCUGUAGAUGUGAGUUACAGUGUUUUGUUAUGCAACUUGGCCUUGUAUACUAUGCCUCUGUUUGUUUUUAAGUUGUCUAAAUGAUCCUGCAACCUGUGUUCAUUUUAGGCAUACUUUUGUUUCUUACACUACUGUCAGCAACAUAGAAACCAGUGGGAGUAACCCUGUUUCAUCUUGAAAUUUCAAAAUGAAAUACACGCAGUCUGUGAUAAGACAUCGCAACAGCCUAUUAACCACAUCUGCUGCACGAGAUUUCGGUCACUUCUCCUUUGACUGCAACCCUUUCCUACACCACCUCUAUGCCAUUGUGCUACCAAAGGUAACAGGCCAUGCUGUCAUGCUCACCAAUGCCAAUGAAUACUUGUGUCCCCAAAUGCCUUUUUUUCUGGUCUUAACUUGUUGUGCAUGUGUCCUGCACGUUGAGUUUGCAUGACAGUCCUUUUUGAAAGGAAUAUCCCAUUUUGGGUUUGUAAAUAUUAAAUAGUUUUUAUUUAUCUGCUGUUAUUGUGACUGAGUUAACUUCUUAGUGUUUCUAGAAAAUGAAUUUCCCCUUGCCAUUUUGUCAAGUAUUUUCUGUAUGGAUACUUAAAGUCCACUGUUAAAUGUUAAGGCUUUUUGUUCUCAAUAUUUGUAGCACAGUAACCACAGUGAGGAAUAACACAUGCCUCCAUGGUGUUGUCAGGGCAUCAGCUCUGGUCUUUGUUAAGGAGUGCGUUUACAUUGUGUUUUUACUGUCAAGCAUCACAGCAAAGUGAAUCUGAUACAGGUCAGCUGUGUGUAUGAACAACCCAGCUUCUAAACAUGGGACAGUGUAAAGCCAGAUAAUGCCUUAAGGCCAACAAAGAUGGUCCCAAUAAAUUGGUUGCUACUAAAUGUUAAUGUGUUGUUUGGAUUUCACACCGGCUUUUUCAGUAAUUACUGUAGUAAUAGCUGCUCAUGGCUAUUAAAUCUUUCCCUGUGACAAUACAGCCUUUUCCAGUGCAUAGAUAAUCUUACUGUGGCUCACUGACCUUAAGAAGUGUACGUUGCUUUUAAAAAUACAUAUUCAAAAAUCUGCCUGAUGUCCUUGUUUCCACUGAGCAAAGCCAAUAUCAAAAGGAUUCAAGCUUUGUGAAGGGGGAUGAGAGCACUGGGAGUGCUACUCUGACAUUCACUCAUCGCACACACACACACACACACACACAUUAAGUAGGACAAUGAACUGUAUAUUUACUAUCUUAAGCCCCUACUGUACAUUGGUAAAACAUUUUAUACUCCAACACAUAAGGUGAAUGUGUAAAACUGAUUGCCUAAUGCAUGUUUAACUACAAUGCUGCAGCUGUACAGCCUAAUUUUGAAAGAUUAUAAUUGUGAAAAGG